AUGGGAGGUAAAUUGCAGAUUUAUAUGUUCGACGAUGCUAUUGCCUAUAAUAUUCCUGAUCCAGAAUGUACGGGUCUUUUCAACCUUUGUACUGAUGUAGAUAAAGAAAGGCUCGGUCGACAAGCGAUUCGUGUCAUUCACGAAAAACUGGACGAUGAUAAAGAUGGAUUAAUCGAACCAUCCGAAGGCAUCGAUUUUAUUCAAGGUGAAUUAGAAUUCAAAACAGAUGCCAUACGACAUAAACAAUUUCAAAACAUUAAUGUAUAUGUCACAUUCGAUGAUCUCUGGGCUCAAUGGCAGAAUAAUCCAGCGUAUAACUGGACCACAGAUAAUGUUGUCGAUUGGCUUGCAAAUUUCGUUGAUCUACCACAAUAUGUUGAAAACUUCCGCCGAAAUCAAUUUGAUGGUCGAAUGAUACCAAGAAUAGCUGCGAAUGAGAAAAUGUACAUUUCAUCAAUAAUGCACAUUCGAGAUGUACACGAUAAACGCCGACUGAUUAUCAAAGCAAUCGAUAUCGUCCUAUUCGGGCCACCGCAAAAUACGCAUAAUUUAAUGAAAGAUAUGAUUUUGAUAUCCGCAUUAUCUGCUUCGAUUGGUGGAUGUAUUUAUGCAUUUCUUCGUCAACGCCAAACGCAAGAAAAUAUGAACAUCAUGCUGAAAGAACUAGAAACUUUACAACAAGCUGAAGGUAACUUGAUCGCCGUAACUGAGAAAAUGCGAACGCGAGAAAAUGGUUGUAAGGGAAGGACCAUUUAUGUGAAUCAAAAUCUUUUACAUAAAUGGCUCAUGGAAGUUCAACAAACGAAAGAAGAAGCUAAUCGAUUUCGGCAACGUCGUGAUUCAGCAGUCGAUCACGAAAAACAAUUGAGUUUAGCGUUACAAGAAAUUGAACAAUUACAAAUUGCUUUACGUCAAGCUGAAGAACAUGCUAAACAUCAAUCGUAUGAACCAUCGAAUGAAUUGAUUGAAUUACUUAAGCGUACUUUUCAAAACGAAGAAGCAGUAUUUGAAGUGAAAAGAAAAUUAGCGGAAACAGCACUGACAACAGCACGAGAACAAAUGAACAAGAUAACUAAAAUGCAAAAAGGAUUCUUCGGUGCUGUACGUAUUGCUCAUACAAACUGUAUGGACAAUGUUGGUGAAUUAAUCAAUGCUGCCAAAGAUCGUUUGAUGGUUAUUCAUGAUGAAUAUGAAGAACGCGAACAUCGUUGGUCUCGCAUUGGUGUUCUAUUAAAUCGCGAUGAUUUCAUUACAUUUGGACCAACAACAGCGGCCACACCAACGACACAUCGUGGAAAAGAUUCGCCUCGUCUUCACUUCACGCGACAUUUCGCUUUUAAAUCACGCGAGCACAAUUUCGAAUUUCAUGCUUCAAUUAAAUUAGACGAGACAAAAUCGAACUGCAAUUAA